UAGAAAGCGCACAGGUAUCGCUGCAAGAUCUCCUAUAAAUAGGGUCCACAUGCAGGUGUCUCUGCAGACAAGGAGACACGAAGCUGUCUACGCGCGGUGGUGUAACGCGAGUGACGAGGCAGCAGCAAUAGGAGUAAGGAGGUAGUGGAUAACGAGCUAUAGAGCAGAGAUCAUCACUGUCUAAAAGUGAUGGGUCAAACAUCAAGCAAACAAAGAGGCUUCUACCAUUCCAAAUCUUCAUCCCUCCACAAGUCAUCCGAUGAAGUGAAGAAGAUCAGGGCCCUGGUGUACUCGGGCCCAGAGGGAAAGAAUCACGAAGCCUGGAAAGUGCCCUCCGAGAUAGCAAUCGACCGGCCACAUGACGGCGACCUUCACACAAGCGCGCAUUGUACGCUGACAAAGUCCGUACUCCAAGAGCCCUCAAAGGGAGUAGUGCCCAGGUCGUGCCCUUUAAGAACCACAUCCUGCAGGGCGCGCUUCACGAAGAUCCGAAACAUAGAGACAGGACACGAGUUCCGAGACACCCUGCACCUGCAGAGCAACAAGUCCGGGAUGUGUCCUGGAAUCUGCAAGGGCUCCAUCAUGUCCCCUGAGGAGCUCAUGUGCCCCAGCAGAGACUCCCCCAAACCACGUGCGGAGCUUCUGAAGGCGGCGCAGAAAUUCAUCACUCAGUACUACGCCUCCAGAAAGGGGCUGGAGUCGGCCGAGUAUGUGGAGCGGCUGAUGGAGGUGGCACAGGAGGUGGAGAAGAGAGGCACGUACGACCUCACGCGGGAUGAGCUCAUUUACGGGGCCAAGACUGCGUGGCGCAACGCGGCCCGCUGCAUUGGCCGCAUCCAGUGGUCAAAGCUGCAGCUGUUUGACGCCAGAAACUGCACCACGCCGAGCGAGAUGUUCACCUGCAUCUGCGACCACGUGAAAUUUGCGAGCAAUGGCGGCAACAUACGCUCUACCAUCACGGUGUUCCGGCAGCGCAUGGACGGGCAGCACGAUUUACGCGUGUGGAACUCGCAGCUAAUCAGCUACGCGGGCUACAGGCAGCCCGAUGGCUCCGUCCUGGGGGACCCGGCUUACGUGGAGUUCACAGAGCUGUGUGUGGAGCUGGGCUGGCAGCCCCCCCGUACGCGCUUCGACGUGCUGCCUAUCGUGCUGCAGGGGAACGGGGAGCCCGAGCUCUUUGUGCUGCCACCUGAGCUCGUGCUGGAGGUGCCCAUCCGACACCCCAAGUACGACUGGUUUGUGGAUAUGGGUCUGCGCUGGUAUGCGGUGCCAGCCGUGGCCAACAUGGCCCUGGAGGUGGGCGGACUGGAGUUCACCGCGUGUCCCUUUAACGGCUGGUACAUGGGCACCGAGAUCGGGCUAAGGGACUUCUGCGAUGCCGCCCGAUUCAACAUCAUUGAGGAUGUGGGCAAGAGGCUUGGUUUGGACACGGGGAACGUGACGUCGCUGUGGAAGGACCAGGCGGCCGUGGAGAUCAACAUCGCCGUGCUGCACAGUUACCAGAGCGACAAGGUGACCAUUGUGGACCAUCACACGGCCGCGGAGUCGUUCCUCAAGCACAUGGAGAAUGAGUACCAGGCGCGCGGGGGUUGCCCGGCCGACUGGGUGUGGAUCGUGCCGCCCAUGUCCAGCUCGCUCACGCCGGCCUUCCACCAGGAGAUGCUCAACUACACGCUCUCCCCAUCCUUCCUCUACCAGCAACCCGCAUGGAGAAGAUGGAAAUCUGCGAACAAACAGCAGGCGAUCGGACUCAAGCCACUGUCGAUAGCUGUGCAUUUCGUCGCCACGUUGAUGAGCCGUGUGAUGUCUCGACGCAUCAAGGCCACGGUUCUCUUUGCCAGCGAGACUGGGAAAUCUCGUGCAUUCGCCAAGACGCUGUGCGACAUCAUGAUGCAUGCAUUCAAUGCCCGGGUGUUGUGCAUGCAAGACUACAACAUGGUAGACCUGGAGCACGAGGCGCUCGUUCUGGUCGUCACCAGCACCUUCGGCAACGGAGACCCCCCCGAGAAUGGGGAGGCAUUCUUCAAAAACCUCACAACCUUGCUUCACCAGUGCUCAUCAGCAGAGCAGAAAGUCGGAUCCCUCAAGAAUGUCAGGUUCUCGGUGUUCGGGCUGGGCUCCCGUGCCUACCCUCACUUUGCGGCGUUUGGCCACGCAGUGGACGCGCUGCUGGGAGACGUGGGCGCGGAGAGGAUCCUGCGAAUCGGGGAGGGGGACGAGCUGGGGGGCCAGGAGGAAGCGUUCCGCACCUGGGCGCACUGCGCCUUCCAGGCUGCGUGCGAGGUGUUUCACGUGGGCGGGGGAGUGAGUAUGGACAAGGUGGCGACCUCCCUGGCACGGAGUGAGCGGACGUGGCAGCCUGACCGCUGCCUCUUAGUGCCGGCCAGUGAAUCUCCUGACCUCCUGUCAGCUCUCUCCACGAUCCACAAGCGAAAGAUUUCCUCAGCCUCCCUUCUCUCCUGCGAAAAUCUGCAGAGCAGCAAGUCCAGCCGCUCCACGGUGCUGGUUCGCCUGGAUGUGCACGGUCGCCCGGAGCUGAGCUACGAACCAGGCGACCACCUGGGUGUGUUCCCGUCCAACCGGGACGAGCUGGUGCACGAGCUGCUGGCGCGACUCCAGGACACAUCGCCUGCGACACAGAUCAUGCUCCUGCAGGUCUCCCGGGAGCUCGACACUCCCUUCGGCACGGUGAGCGAGUGGCAGGCUGAGGGGCGGCUGCCCCCUUGCUCGCUGGCGCAGGCUUUCUCGCACUUCCUGGACAUCACGACGCCCCCGUCUCCACAGCUGCUGCUCCACUUCGCGGGGCUCACCGACGACGAGGAAGAGCGCAAGCGCCUGCACCUCCUUGCCAAGGGUCAGCAGGCCUACGAGGAGUGGAAGUGGAGGGGCAACCCCUCGGUGCUGGAAGCGUUGUGCGAGUUCCCCGGCGUGCGCGUCCCCGCCUCGCUGCUCGUGUCUCAGCUGCCGCUGCUGCAGCCACGCUACUACUCCAUCAGCUCGUCCCCGCGGGCGCAGCCCGGACAGAUCCAUGCCACCGUCGCUGUGGUCUCCUAUCGCAAGCACGGGGGACAUGGGCCCCUGCACCAUGGCGUCUGCUCGUCCUGGCUCAGCCACAUCGAGCCCGGGCACAGUGUGCCCUGCUUCGUGCGCCCGGCCCCGGGGUUCCGUCUGCCCUCUAACCCCAGCCUGCCCUGCAUCCUGAUUGGUCCCGGCACGGGCAUCGCUCCGUUCCGCGGGUUCUGGCAGGAACGGCUCCACGACAUCGAGCACCGAGGUGUGCAUCCGUGCGGGAUGAUGCUGCUCUUUGGUUGCCGGGAGAGAUAUGUGGAUGACAUCUACCGUGAUGAGAUGGAGCUCGCACGCAGCAAGGGCAUCUUCUCUGAGGUGCACACGGCAUACUCACGGGAGCCCAGCACCCCCAAGAUGUACGUGCAGGACCUCCUGCGUGAGCGCUUGGACGCGCAGGUGUUCUCGGUGCUGCAGGAGAGGGGCGGGCACCUGUACGUGUGCGGCGAUGUCACCAUGGCGGGCGACGUCCUCAAGACGGUGCAGCAGGUGCUGAGCCGGCAUGGAGACAUCUCACUCGAGAAGGCCGGGCAGAUCGUGAGCCGCCUGCGGAAGGAAGGUCGCCUGCACGAGGACAUAUUCGGAGCGAACCAGCGAUGGCGCGGUGUGGACUCACGGCCAAGUUCUACCCCACAGGGGUAGGGGCAAUAUCAUGGGCAAGCUACACUUGUCCUUCACGAGGCAGUCAGUCUGGAGUCCUCAGGCAAUGCUGUGCUCCUUUACGGUGGCAGUUUGUGGCUCAAGUCGUCGGUGGGCAGUGCCAGUUCCACAGCAGUUUGAUGAUGGUGGUGGGGGAGGAUCAUACAGCUUUCUCUUAGCACAUGACCUUCGAACGGUGGCUUGUCAUCUUCCAGAGGUGGAAUUAUUUGUGCUCAUUUUGCUUUGGUGUUUUUCAGUGUAGGAAGGGUUUUGAUCAGCCAAUGACAUGUCUAAACAUGGUUAUCAUUGGGGAAACAAACCAGGCACCCAAUAUAUAGAUUCUAUUUUAAUUGAUUAGAUCCGAGUUGAUCCAAAAUGCCAAAAAAAAAGUUACUUGAAUUAUCCAUUUAUCUAAAUAUUUGGAAAGACACUUUUAUUUUAAAGUAAUGUAUAUUCAAAACAUCUAAGCAACUUGUUUUUAAUAUUGUAAAACACCUCCAAAAAUAUCCUACGAAGACGAAGCCUCCACUGCUCCUUGUGGAUGGGGUGAUGAGUUUCUUCCUGCAUGAUGUUUCGAUGUGACAGCUCAGCCCAGAGGCCGAACAGUGCAUUCUGAAUGCUGUCUCUAAUUAUCACUAGAUCUGGCUAGAUGGCUAGAUGAAGUGAGGCUUCCUUGAGUACAUUUAAUUACCAGUGUUAUUUUUUGUCACAGUAAUUCUAAUAAAGCGUUAUUGUGUCUUUCUGAACUAAGUGAGCGUGGGGCAGUGCUCAUCUCCAUUUGAGGCCAUAAGCUGGCAGUAGAUCUUAUUGAUUCCCAUAAUAAUUUACAUGUAUAAUGCACCAUGGUUUUUUGCCAUUUCUCUCCGUUGUUGAGCACCACUUUGUAGGAAGUCAAGAGUGGUUAUCCGAUAAACAUGCUGGCCCUGGGCCCCAUCAUGGGAAUAGGAAAUUUCCAAAAUUGUCUUGGAGGUGAUUUUUUUUUUAUGGGCAGAUGUAGAUUAUUUCACUUUUAAAAACAAUUGUGUAGAUAUGCAGGUGUAUAAACCAAGAAAAAAUGUACGACGGCAUAUGUUAUUUUUGAAAUUAUAUUAUACGCAACUUAAAAAUGCUUUCUUUUUUAUUGUACAUAGUAUUAUUACUAUUAAGGAUAUUUCAUUCCAAUGUAUAUUUCUUAAUUGUAUAUAGCGUCAUAAUAUUACGUAUUUUUUACACUGUAGUUAUGGUAGGAUUGAAAACAAGGUUUGUGUAUCGAUGAGCAGAUGUGAAAUUAAAACACUAUAUAGAAAA